ACCACCUCGUAACAUCACAAAAACAAUUUAUGGCUUCGAGCCGUUGAUUGCACGGCUUCUCUGAUCCCUUCAUCUCCUUUGAUCAUCGGUUAGCCUCCAUUUCUGUGUUAUUGAGGUGCCGAAUGUGGCACGAGGUGGUCUUCAAGGUAAGAGUCAUGAUUUCCCGAGAAAGAAGGGCCCAAAGAAUCUAGGGUCUUUUUCCUUUCCCAGGAAACUAUUAGGUGUGAAACGUUGGGGAUCAACUGAAAGGGUUUUGGGGGGGUCCAAGUUGAUUUUGAGUUCUAUCCAAUGGAGUCCCAAUGUACUUUUGGGAAUUUAUGAUCACAAGAUCCUCGAUUUCAAUACCAGAGGUGCCUUCUUCCUUAGCUCUCAGCCCCUGAGUAGUCUUUUUGUGAAUGGAUCCUGCUCUGAAAUUUUAUGUCCUGUUGCUGCUUGUUGGAUUAGUGAAUGACUCUUUUGCAGAAGCUGAUUUUGGGCAUUGCGAAAGAGUUGUUAGAAAUUGGGCUUCCUCUUCCCUUGAUAAGGAAAUCAGACAAGAUAAGCACACACUAAGGGAUUUACUAUUCUUCCUACAUGUCCCCAGAACGGGAGGGCGCACAUAUUUUCACUGUUUCUUAAAAAAGUUGUAUCCCAACUCUCUGGAAUGUCCUCGUUCUUAUGAUAAGUUGCGCUUUGAUCCAAGCAAAUCUAAGUGUAAGCUGUUAGCUACACAUGACGACUAUAGCUUGACAUCCAAAUUUCCAAAGGAAAGAACUUCUGUGGUUACUAUACUUAGGGAUCCAGUUGAUCGUGUCUUUAGUACAUACGAAUUUUCAAUAGAGGUUGCAGCUAGAUUUCUAGUGCAUCCAAACUUGACAUCUGCAAUAGAUAUGGCUGCACGCUUGCGCAGCAAGACUAAAGGAGUAAGCACACUUGAUAUCUGGCCAUGGAAGUAUCUGGUCCCAUGGAUGAGGGAAGACAUAUUUGCUAGGAGAGAUGAGAGGUAUGCUAGGGGACAACGUAUAACUGAGAGCAAUGAUUCCUAUGACAUGGAAGAUUUUGCAAUGCCAUUACAUGAAUACAUCAAUCAUCCAGUGGCUGAGGAAAUUGUACACAAUGGAGCAACAUUCCAGGUUGCAGGUUUGACAAACAAUUCUUACCAACUAGAAUCACAUGAAGUGCGCCACUGUGUGCGGAAGCAUAAGAUUCUGGGGAAAUAUGUGCUUGAAGUUGCAAAGAAGAGAUUGGAUGACAUGUUAUAUAUUGGUCUUACUGAGGAGCAUAGAGAAUCUGCAACUAUGUUUGCCAAUGUCGUUGGUGCUCAGGUGAUAUCACAGAUUAAAGCACCAAAUUCUAGCCUGAAUCAUGUUGAUAGCAUUGAACAGAGUUCGCUUUCAGAUUCAGAACCUGAUAACAGUGAACAUCAGAGUAGCAUCUCAGACAAGAGACCAAAUAAGACUGAUUCUAGUGAAAACAGAGAAUCAACAAAAUCAAAUAUGACUGUGGAAAAGCUCACAGAAGCUUAUGAGAGCUGUAUUUCUAAUUUACGGAAGGCCCAGGCACAACGACGCAUUUCUUCUUUAAAGAAGAUUGCUCCUGUGAACUUUUCAAAAGAGGCACGACUUCAGAUUCCUGAAGUAGUUCUCCAGCGGAUACAAUAUCUUAAUGAUCUUGACUUGGAGCUUUAUGAAUAUGCAAGAGACCUUUUCUCCAAACAAAACAAAACUAUGCAGAGACUGAAUGAGGAAAGGUGGGAUAAGAUAUCAAGCAAUGUCUAUGGCUUCACUCUCUGGACGAUCCUUCCUUUAACAAUCACUCUGGCCUUCUUACUCCUGUUCCUUGUUAUUGUAAAUUUAAGAAGAAGAACGUUGAAGGUUAAGCUGUGAAUGUCUUUAAAUUAUAAUGAGUGAUCACAUUGUCUCCAGAAAUUUGGGUUUUUGGGGGAGUUUGGGGGGGGGGGGGGGAGAACAGAUACAUGGUUGCAUGACACCUUGGUUGCCCUUCCUCUUAAAGCCCCAACUGUCCUUUUUAUUUUUGUCUGAUCACGGAAACCUGAAUUUUUUAGGGUCUUACUGUUACACACGAACUUUUUUAUUGAGGAUAAGUAUAUUCUACUCUUCAAAAACA